GGAACGGAGGGAGUACUAUUUAGUGUUUUUAUUUCUAAUUGCAUCAUAACACACAAACACAGUGCACGUAACUCCUCUGUUUCCUCUGUUUUCUGUCAUGGCUAGUGUAGUCUCUGGUGGUACAGAAGCUCAAAGCUCUGGCGAUCCAAGAAGCAAGCGCGGUGGCUGGAUCACUUUUCCGUUCAUGAUCGCUACGUUGUUAGGCCUUUCAGUGACUUCUUUCGGAUGGGUAAUGAACUUGAUCGUCUUCCUAAUCGAAGAGUUCAACAUCAAGAGCAUCGCUGCUGCGCAAAUUUCAAAUAUUGCCAAUGGAUGUCUCAGCAUGUUGCCUGUUGUUGCAGCCAUUUUAGCUGACUCUUUCUUCGGGAACAUUCCCGUCAUCGUGGCCUCUGCUUUCAUUUCUCUGCUUGGCAUCAUUCUCUUGACUCUUAUUGCAUCUUUGGACUACUUGAGACCCCGACCGUGUGGAACGGGGUCAAUCCUAUGCACAUCUCCAUCAAAACUCCAGCUCGGGAUCUUGUAUGCAGCAUUAGCUCUAGUCACCACUGGAUCAGGUGGGACGCGGUUCACCAUGGCAUCCGCGGGUGCAAACCAAUAUGAGAAGCCUAAAGAACAAGGAAGCUUCUUCAACUGGUACUUCCUCACACUAUACAUUGGAGCUAUUACUGGCGCAACAUCAAUUGUAUAUAUACAGGACAAUGCUAGCUGGAAACUUGGGUUCGGUCUCUGCGCUGCUGCUAAUUUGAUCAGUUUCAUAGUUUUUGUCUCUGGGAAGAGAUACUACAAGCAUGACAAACCAAUGGGAAGUCCCUUCACGAGUCUGAUCCGCGUUGUAGUCGCUGCUACAGCAAAAAGGAAGGCUAUGGUCUCAUGCAAAGAAGAAGACUAUCACCGUGGGCUGGGAAAAGAGGCCAGAACUUCUGUUGCAAUGCCCUCCAAGAGCUUCAGGUUCUUGAACCGUGCAGCGUUGAAGACCGAAGACGAUGUAAAUAAAAAAGACGGCUCAGAUAUUAACAUAUGGAGGCUAUGCUCUGUACAGGAAGUAGAAGAUUUCAAAGCCAUUCUCCGAGUUUUGCCUCUAUGGUUAUCCAUCAUCUUCGUUAGUACUCCUAUGGUGAUGCAAACAAGUUUGAUUGUACUCCAAGCUCUAGUCACCGACCGUGGGCUUGGUCCUAACUUCAAAGUCCCGGCCGGUUCCCUCCAAGUAAUAAUAAUCAUCACUGCAUGCAUUGUUAUCAUCAUGAACAACUGGCUUGUCUUUCCAAUGUACAAGAAGCUAACUCAGAAGUUGCUGACACCGCUGCAAAAAGUCGGUAUAGGCCAGGUUCUCACCAUUCUUAGCAUGGCACUCUCUGCGGUUGUGGAAGCAAAGAGACUGAAAACAGUUGAAAAUGAGCAUCCUAUGUCAGUGUUAUGGUUGUUUCCUCCCCUUGUGAUAGUAGGUAUAGGUGAAGCCUUUCAAUUUCCGGCGAAUAUUGAAUUAUUUUAUGGAGAAUUCCCCGAGUCUCUGAGGAACACUGCGACUUCAUUGACCUCGGUGGUGAUUGGAAUCUCUUUCUAUCUAAGCACAGCUCUUAUCGAUCUUAUCCACAGGACCACUGCGUGGUUACCAAAUGACAUAAACCACGGAAGAGUGGACAAUGUUUACUGGAUUUUAGUCAUUGGAGGAAUCUUGAAUUUCGGCUACUUCCUUGUGUGUUCUUGGGUCUACAAAUACAGAAACCUCAAGUGUGAUGAUCAUGAACAAGAUCCAAAAGAUGUUACAACGUAAAGACUCAACAUGUUCUGUUCUAGUUCUCUUUGCAUUAAGUAUCUCCAUGUCUUGAAUCAAUAUCUUACAUGCUCCUGUUAGCUUUUGUGUUUUUAUUUGUUUGCAAUUUUUACCAAGUGUGUUUUUGUAUGUUUACCACUUUACAUAUUGAACUACAUUUAGAAAAUAAUACUUUCAAACUGAUGCAAGAGAGAAAUCAUCUGAUUCUUGCAAUAGACCUCAUCUUAUCUUAUCCCUCUUAUGCAA